AUGGCGAGUCAGCGCAACGCCAUUCCGCGGCAGGAUAGGAAGCUGUCUCUGCCACACAAGUUCAACGCUGUUGGACAAAUCGUUUCUGUCAAACUGGUUCAGUUCAUGAACCAUGACAACUUCGAAGUGCACUUUGGGCCGAACGUCAAUUUUGUUUCAGGCCAGAACGGCUCUGGCAAGAGUGCCAUUCUUCAGGCAGUGCAGGUCUGCUUGGGUGUGAAGGCCCGUGGCACGGGGAGAGGCACCAACGUUUCUCAGUACAUUAAGAAGGGUGCUCCCUCAGCCAAUGUGCUUGUGAGGCUGUCGAACUUACCCAAGGCCGAGGCCUUUGACUAUGAAAAGUACGGCGAUGUCAUCAUAGUAGAGCGCAAGCUGCUGCGCAGUGGUAGUGGCAGCUACCAAAUGUUGAACUCAGAGGGCGAUCCCAUUGCAAAUGGGGCAGAGAGAGUCAAGGAAAUGCUGAGAUACUUCAACAUUGACUGUAGCAAUCCAAUAGUGGUCAUGACACAGGAUUUCGCCAGGACGUUCCUGAAGCCCUCAGGUGGGCAGUUGGAGAAGAAUCUCUUCAAAGUGUACAUGAAGGCGACACACUUCGAGCAGCAUCUGGAGAACAUGCAAAAUGCACAUCUCCACAGGCAGAGCAUGCAGUCCAAUGCUGAAAUCCAAGAGCGGGAUUUAGAGGCCCUGCAAGAGGACUACAAAUAUCUGAGGCAGCGACUUGAAGAGCUGCAGCAGGCUGAGAGCAUCUCAGAGCGAAUUGGGGCCAUGUUCAACUGCUAUCUGUGUGCUUUGGAAGAAGACAGCAGGAGAAAACUGGCCACACUAGAGGACAGGCUCACCCAGGAGGUCCUACAGGAGCUGGAUGGGCUUGCACAACGCAAGGAGCAGAAGCUCGAGGAGAUACAGGCCCUGAAAGAGAAAAAGGAGCAGGAGACCCAGAAGCUUGCUGACAUGCAGCAGAGUGCAGAGGACACUGCUGAGAAGAGAAAAUCAUUGAAGGAUACUAUCAAGUCCCUGACUAAAUCCAAAACCAUAAUGGGUCAAGAGGCUAAAAGGCUGAGGCAGGAGAUAGCUGAGAUCAAGGAAGAAGUCUGUGAGGACGAACGCCAGCUGCAGUCCAUGAAUUCGGACUACGCAGCCAGCAAAGCGGCACGUGAGCAGGAGUACCGCAAGCAAAUGGCUGAAGCAGAGGAUCUGGUGCAGUCUUGUGAGACAGGGGCAACGAAGGCCAGACAGACAUUCAGGGAUUUCGACGAGGCUGUUCGCACAGCAGAGGACAAUGUUCAAAGAGCUGUCGAGGCCGAGAUGAGGGCACAGGACGAUGCUCGUUACCUGGAUAGACAGCUCAACAAACUGAAGCAUGCAAGGGGAAGUCGCAUUGCCAUCGUGGGAGGUCAGGACAUGGUGGACCUUGUUGACAGAAUUAAAAAGCAUGAGCGCGAAUUUCACCACCUGCCCCUGGGGCCUAUUGGCGCCCUGCUGUCCCUUGACAGCAGAGAGAAGGCCACGGCCGUCCAGUAUGCCGUUGGCCAUACCUUCAGAAAUUUCAUUGCCUCAGACAUGCAUGAUGCAAAGGUUUUCAAGCGCGUUUUGAAAUCGGUGGGAAAUAAGUGGCUGGCUUCAAGCGUUCAGUGCUACAUCUACAGCUUCAACAGAUCGCCAUACGAUGAUGUAAGGCGUCCCAAUUUGCCUGAGGGGGUGGAGACGGUGCUUGAGGUGCUCCGAUUCGACCAAGUGCCCAAUUGGCACAUCGUGCAGAACAUUCUCAUAGAUUAUGGCUCCAUAGAAGUGGUGGGGCUGUGUGCAAGGGAGUCCACUGCCAUGCGAGCCAUCCGAGGGCCCACAGGGCAGCAGCUGUCAUGCAUAUACUUGCCGGACGGCCGCAAGAUCUACAGCAGGGGUGGCGUGGAGGGUUCUGUGCACACGGGCGCAAAUCCAACGCCCAUGCUCGGAAAGGACACGAGCGAAUCGAUGCGGGAGUUGGAAGAACGCAGAAGGGCUGCGCUGGCUGAGCUCCAGGCCGCAGAGGAUGCCAGAUGCCGCAGUGAGUGCGAAUUGGAGAGUUCAAAGGGGCAGAGAAAUCGAGCUCGCCAGAUGACCGUACAGGCGGAGGACGCCCUUUUUGAAGCUCAGUCCCAGUUCGAGCUGCUGCAAAGCGCAGGGCCUGUCGUUGAGAGUGCGGGGGAGGGGGCCCUCGCCGAUCUCACCGCCUCCAUACAGACCAACAGUGACUUGCUGCGGAAGAUGACUAAUGACGCCAAGGAGUCUCAGGCCGAGUUCGAAGAGCUGAAGGGGCAACUUGAGGAUGUGAAAGCGGAAAUAACAAAAAGCCACGCCGAACUGGAGACGCUCGAUGACAGCCUCCAGGUGGCGGAGAAAGAUUUGCGCGAAGCAGCAACUGCUGUGGUCGAUGCAGAAAAGGAAUUGGAAGAGCUCCAGGAAUUGAAACAGGAGAAGGAGGCUCAAGGAAGAGAUCGGGAAGAAGAAAAGGCAAAACUGGAGCAGAGUAUCAAAAGGGCAGUUGAAGAGCAACAAAAGAUGGGCCUGGAUGCCAGUGCUGUUGAAGCAUCCAGACGCACCGUGGCCGACUGGCUGCAGGCAACAAUCAAUGGGGACGGCGACAGGGUUGCCUGCGAUGUGGAGAUGGAUGACUUUUUCACACCAGACAAGUUGGAGAGAGAGAUGAAGAAGCAGAGGAAGAUGCAAGAGGAGAAGGAGAGAAACGGGGGUGGCAAUGCCUUGAACUUGGAGGAGUUAAUGGAGGAAAAAGAAUCCAAGAUGGCAUCAGUGAAAAGGAGUAAGCAAAGCAUUUCCAAGGUCGUCGAAAAGACAGAAGAAGGAAUAAAAAAACGCGAGCACGUUUAUGAGAAAAUAACUCACACUGUUGAGCAGACCGUUGCAAAGGUCUUCUCCAAAAUGAUGCGACAGCGCGGCAGCUCUGGGAAGCUGUUCUUCGACCAUGAGAAGGCGAUCAUCUCUCCCAAGGUCCAGAUGCACCACCAGGGCGAGCGCGUGGAGGACAUGAAGUCGCUGUCGGGCGGCGAGGCAUCCUUCACAACAGUGUGCCUUGUGCUGGCGCUUG